GGUCUUCGCUACUCCAUUGCCCUUAAAUAGUUAACUUACACCUGUUUGAACCCCUUUAAAAGUACACAGUUUUAGAAGGAUGGGCAUGGCUGCCUGUAGCUUUAAAAUGCUUUCUUUCCUCCCCCAACUGGAGAGUUGUGUUCAAUCUUAAAUUUUCCACGACUACAAAUAGGGAAUGUUAUUGUCGGGCAUAAGGUUGUUGAGAAUAAUGGGAACAGUUAAUAUGGCCUUCUCUUUAAUAUUUUAGAGUUCUUCAAAGUUGUGUCCAUUCAACUUCGUUUAGCAUUUAUGUUUUUCUAGUGCUGUCACAGAUGUUAACCAUUAUACUAUCUUAUCAAGAAAUGCUUUGGGUGUACAAAGUCCAGGAUCUAAAUUUGUACUUGAGUGAUGGUGAUAUGAACAAUCCAAAGUCAGAUGUGCUCAUACCUGGUCACACCAACAGGCUUUUACAAAUAUUGGAAGAAUACAUCUAUCAAACAUAGUUAGGGGCUACACUUUGCUUUGGAAAAUGAAGAAAAGAAGAAAGAAGGUGGGAUUUCCUUCCAACAGUAAAAGAACUCGUUUUUAUUUUUCUAACAAGUCUGAGAGGAUGAGCAGUAGGACACAGCACUCGUGAAAUGCCUACUGUGAAUCAGGUACUCUUCUAGGUCACCUCAUUUUAUCUUCCUAACUACCUCAAGAGACCCAGGUAUUGUAUACUAUUUUACAAAUAUGUAAAUCAAGUUCAGACAGUUAACUGCCCAAGUUCUCACAGCUAGUAAGUGUCAGAGCUGGGAUUCCAAGCCCAGAUCUGAUUCCAAAGCACAGGCGCUUUCUAGAUGCUCUAUGGUGCUUUCCACCCCACCAUCAGCCCCAGUGAGAUUGGGACUUAGUUCAACACUCUUGUCUAGACAGCUAGCUUCACAUCCCUGUGUAUUUAGUGUCUUCUCAUUAGAUUCAGGGAUCCUGGGGGGCUUUCCAGAGCCAUGCAUGCUCCAUUCCCCAUUCGCCACCUCUUCUUCUCUUCUAGAGUUGCUGCUGGGAGCUCCAGCUCAGUGAAAUGGACAGAAGGGCAGAGCAACCAUGGCACGGGGUAUGAGAGUGACAACCACACAACACCCAUCCUCUGCGGUGCCCAGUACCGAAUACACACCCACGGUGUCUUCAGGGGCAUUCAGGACGUGCGGCGUGUGCCUGGAGUAGCCCCAACUCUUGUGCGGUCAGCAUCUGAGACCAGUGAGAAGCGCCCCUUCAUGUGUGCUUACCCAGGCUGCAACAAGAGAUAUUUUAAAUUGUCCCACUUACAGAUGCACAGCCGGAAGCACACUGGUGAGAAACCAUACCAGUGUGACUUCAAGGACUGUGAGCGAAGGUUUUCUCGUUCAGACCAGCUCAAAAGACACCAAAGGAGACACACAGGUGUGAAACCAUUCCAGUGUAAAACUUGUCAGCGAAAGUUCUCCCGCUCCGACCACCUGAAGACCCACACCAGGACUCAUACAGGUAAAACAAGUGAAAAGCCCUUCAGCUGUCGGUGGCCCAGUUGUCAGAAAAAGUUUGCCCGGUCUGAUGAAUUAGUCCGCCAUCACAACAUGCACCAGAGAAACAUGACCAAACUCCAGCUGGCGCUUUAGGGGGUCCAACCAGGGACAUUUCUGUGUCCCAGGCAGGACAGCGUGUGAACUACUUUCAAAUCUGACUUUCAAAUUCCUCCUCACUCACCUCUCUGAGAAGGAAAUGGCAGUUGAUCUUCUUCCUCCAACUUCCAAGACAAGACGUCUUUGCUACUGGAUCCUGCCAGGUUUGCCCGGGGGCAGCUGCUGUCUGCUUUGCUGUCUUUUAGUUGACUCACAAAGCCCUGGGAAAGUGGCUAAUGGUGUCCGGUCAGUUAAACUCUCAUCGUCAUUGGGUCUGGAUUUUCCACUGUAAGAAGAGCCAUUGUUGAUAACGUUCUCCCACCCUCCCCUUCUCCUUUUAUGCUCAUUUUCACUAGGAAUGGAGUCAUUGUACCAUUUUCCAUCGUGGUAUAUUUAUAGGCCAGGGCAUGUGUAUGUGUCUGCUAAUGUAAACUUUGUCGUGGUUUCCAUUUACUAAUAGCAACAGCAAGAAAUAAAUCAGAGAGCAAGGCAUUGGGGGUGAGUUUCAUCUGACAGUCUGGAGGCCAGGCGAGCUGCUAACCUGGAAGGCAGGAUGUAGUUCUGCCAGGCAGCUUUUAAAACCCGUGUGUUUCAAGUGGCUGAAAAAAGAGUCAGAGCUAACUAAGUACCUCUGAAAGAAUCUUACCGUGCAGUUAAUUCAUUUUUAACAUUAGCACAAUGCUCUUAAGAUACUGUGUUUGAAGAUCUGAGUUUUUUUUUUUUUUUGUUUAUUUUGUCUUUUUUGGGUUGUAAUCAUGUGCAACUUGAGAUGUACAUAUCUCCUCACACAAGGGAAGUGGAAUUUUCAUCAUUUGGGGUGUCCUUAAAAUGUACAGACCAUGCUGGUUAUGUGGCCUCAAGUUGUAAAGAUUAAAGUGACUCAAAAUAGGGAGCUGGUCCAGGAACUCCACCGAUUAGACUCUUCUUAAGUAAUUUAAGUACCUUUGGGUCUAGAAAUAUAUGUAAAAAAAAAAGAAGAGAGACUUACUAGUGGGAGGAAAUCCAUUGUUUGAAGGUGGUUUGG